AUGGAGCAAGACAGCAGCCCCCGGAAGAUCCAGUUCACGGUCCCGCUGCUGGAACCGCACCUUGACCCUGAGGCGGCGGAGCAGAUUCGGAGACGCCGCCCCACCCCUGCCACCCUUGUGUUGACCAGUGACCAGUCAUCCCCAGAGAUAGAUGAAGACCGGAUCCCCAACCCACUUCUCAAGUCCACUUUGUCGAUGUCUCCGCGGCAACGGAAGAAGAUGACAAGGAUCACACCCACGAUGAAAGAGCUCCAGAUGAUGGUUGAACAUCACCUAGGGCAACAGGAACAAGGAGAGGAGCCUGAGGGAGCUGCUGAGAGCACAGGGGCCCAGGAGUCCUGCCCAUCUGGGAUCACAGACACAGGAGCAGAGUCCAAGAUGGGCACCUCUGGGACAGCACAAAAGCCUGCAGAGUCCAUCCCUAAAACUCAGGAGUGGGGCAGUGAGAAAUCCAGCACAGAAGAACCCUCAACCCAUAUACGACCACUGGAUUCCUAGGGGACCAAUUAGGUCUGAGAGAAGAGGUAUCCUGGAAUCAAGACUGCAGUUUGGGAAUGCAUGGAC